CCACCCGUAUGCGGGAAGUUUUUCCGAUCACCGGACCCUCCUGGGGACCUGGGAUUGGAGACACCUAACUAUGAAGAGUAAUAACUAGCUUACGCUCUACCUGAUUAGGCUUAGACGUAUCAGCCAUUUCCCCUUCUCCGUUUUCUUUCUUCAUUCAAUCUAUUUUCACGUGACCGGGCGCGACUGACUGAGGCGCCUCCUGCAUGAGUCGCGAGUUCGCGCUCUACCCCCGAAUUUCGAGCUCGUAACUGGACAAUCUGAAAGAGUCGGGAGCUCUUCACUUCAACUACAAAACCAUGAAUCGAUCUAUUGAGCAGACUCUCCUGUCUCUCCUCCCGACUCACAAUGCGGAGCUACCUCAACCAUUAGUUGACCUGGCAGGGUCUCUCCUCGCCCAAUCUCGACAUCGGGCAAGCACUCUGAAAUCCGAUGAGGAAAUUGCGCGGCCCUAUGCAUGUGCUCAUCUGGCCUGUGACAGGCUGAAGAUCUCACUGAAUCUUCCCCCAAUUCAUCCACGGCCUCCUGUUCCGCCACGCAUUUACAAGAGGCUGUACAACCAUCUUGACAAUAUCUUGCCGAGCUCGUCCACUGGAGUUCGCUCAACUUCGGGCCGCGUCAGGACGCCCAGUGCUAAACUACGAGAGUCGGGCAUCUCGCCGGGUGGUAGCUCUCUUCCAUCGAGGGCAACUCCUAACAAGGACCAAUCUUUGGCAGCCUCCCGAAGCCCUUCUACUAACAAAACUGGAACGCCAUCAAAACUUGGACGUCCCAUAGGCUCAGUGCCACACAAACGGUCGACGACUGGCCUCCCCCCAUGGAUUCGGCCAAGUCUUGGUUUCCUAUGCAAAGUAUUAGACGACUCAAAAAUCGGCCGAACCGUCGUAGCCGGAAUGGAGUCGAUUGUGAUGCCGCACGGUCGAACGACCAGCGAUGAAUGGGUGAUGGGAAACCUCUCGUCGUUACUUGGCUCCUUGUACCUCUACAUAUGGGGGAGCGUGAGCAUGCCUGAGGGAGUAGACGAGGCCCGAUAUGUCCAUGUUCGGAAGGAGAUUGUGGAGACGCUGAAUAAAGCGAGACGGACCAUUUCAAUCAAAGGGGUUGACGAAGGCGACGCCUGGGAAGGAUGGAAAGAAAUCCAUGCUGCUGACAUUGACAAUGCCGCGCUGAGGAUCAACCGGCACGGAUGGCUGGAGAGCGACUGGGCGAAGAGCAUUGAGGACUUGAUUCAGAAGGACCGAGAGGACGAAUCUGGGGGCGAGGGCAAUGAUGAUGCCGACAAUACCCAGUCCGGCCCGGCCAAACGGGCCGACAUCAUGUUCCAGGACCGAUAUGAUUUUUUGAGCGAGCACAAGAGAAAGGAGUAUGCGAUUUGGAAGGAUGGGAUAAUAGGGAGAAUCCAGGACUUGGAAAGGGGGGCAGACGCCAUGGAGGUAGAUUCUUAGCAAGUACAGCCUCAUACUACCCUGGCGAGCCUU